UACACCAUUCGAAUAUCGAAACGGUUGGUUGGGUGUAGUGUGUGCGUACCGGUAAAACCACAUUUUUUUGGGGCGUCGAUAUUUCCAUUCGGCGCAAAAUACGGAGUUCGUCAUGUCGAGACUUUAAAAGAUUCGCCGUCCCCACUUCCAAUAAAGGAUAUACCGAAGUACUGUUUGUCAUGGCUGAUUAUGAUUAUGAUGUAGGCCCUGAAGGAGAAGAGGAUUUCUACCCAGAUUUUUACCCAGAUAACUAUGCUCUUGCAGAUGAAGAUAAACUGUCACCAUGGAACGAACAGGAAGGCCUUCCUCCCAUGUCUCUGUAUCAGCUGUACUAUAGCUGCAUCUACCCAACCAUAAGUGAUGGUUUAAAUCAUAUUUUCAAGGCAGUGGCUUGGUGUGUAGUGUACAGGAUAACAACACAAACUGUGAAGAUUCCCCAGCAGUUGAGCCAUAUUGUAUCAAUCGCCUGUGGUUCAAUGGUCAUGUACCAUUUCUUUGGCCAUCAUUUGUUUUACAUGCUAGCACAAGGAGUGAUUGCAUACUUGUCACUAGUUGCUUCCUCCAAUAAGUCCAAGAAAAGCAAUGGGUGGAUGUGCAUGUUGAUGUGCAUUUCAUUUCUUUUGAUAUGCGAACUUUUUAUCGUCGAGGCUGUGCAUUGGCAUAUGAUUCGAGCUGCGCAGAUGCUUGUGGCCAUGAGAGCCAUAUCAAUUGGUUUCCAGUUGGAUGAAAAUGUCUUACCAAACUUACCCAAGCCCUUGCCUUAUUUUGGGUACCUGUAUAAUGUGGGAACUGUGUCAUUUGGACCUUGGAUCCCAUAUAAAGAUUAUCUGAACAUUGAAAAUCGCAAUCGUUGUCUUGGAAGAUGUAUCGUUAAUAUUCUCCAGGCAUUUGUACUGUCGCUACUCUUUCUAACAAUAUCAGCUUGCUUUACGCUUUGGCUGAUACCAUCUGGGUCAUCCAAGUGGUUUUUGGCUUAUCGUGACGCAAUGUCAUUCCGAAGUAGCCACUAUUUCGUUUCGUAUUUGUCAGAGCUCACUGCGUUAGCAGCCGGAAUAGACACUUCCCAGACAGGCCGAUGGAGCGUGACAGUAACCAGGCCAUGGCACAUUGAAUUGCCGCGUUCUUUGGUUGAAGUCGUAAUUCAUUGGAAUGUCCCUAUGCAUACUUGGCUUAAAACCUAUGUUUUCCGUGUCGCUCGACCAUAUGGAACAUUUGUUGCUAUCCUCGGAACUUAUGGCUUGAGCGCGCUUCUUCAUGGGCUAAAUUUUCAGCUAGCGGCUGUACUUUUGUCCCUCGGAUUCUAUACAUAUACCGAACAUGCCAUUCGCCAGAAAUUUGCAUCUGUCUUUAGUGCUUGUAUUCAAGCUCGAAAAUGUGGUUCGAAUUGUGGACACCAGUGGAAAGAGAGUCACUGGGUUGUAAGAAUUAGCAAUUUUUGUUUUAGUUUAUUGGCUAUGUUCCAUUUAGCUUAUUUGGGACUUAUGUUCGAUUCCUCCAAACUGCAAGAAGAGGGCUAUAGCUGGUUGCAUGCCAUUAAAAAGUGGAAAUGGCUGAAUUUUUCGAGCCAUUGGAUCAUUGUGAGCACUUUCGCUUUUAAUUAUUUAAUUUAAAUCUUGUGUAAUUUCAAAAGCAACUGCAAAUCAUUCUGAAAUAACCAUCCGUCCAAUAUUUUGAAACACUGCAAACUUGAUAAUCC